AUGAAUGACAAACACCUCUGCUCUACUUACACAACUGUCUGCCUAGUACACUUGGCGCGGUUCCUGCAGCGACUCGGUUGCCUGACUCCGCCGAAUGCUGAGGACUCUUCUCGCGAGCCUUUGAGCCUACAUAGUCCAUUAAUGCGACAUGCAGCCUGUUUUAUUCAGCUCUCAGUAUUCGAGUACGGUGCUAACCUGUAUCGUCUUUUGGCUGCUAACGAGAUGCUUAAUUCCGUCCGCCAUUCACGGAGAAGUUAUUACAACACUUUUCAGGUAAAUAAAUAA